AAGGCAUGAAAGUAGUGCUAUGGAGGCGGAAGAGAUUCGGAGACAGCCUUGUAAGUUCACUAGAGUUGGUAAUGGCAUAAAUGACACCAGCAGAAUAGCUCAAAAAGGUAAUGGUUCUGACCACCAAUAUCCUGACGAUGAAGAAGAUGGUGAGCUCAAGAGGACUAAUUCUAACAACGGUGCUGGUUGUGGUGGUGGCGGUAUUGAUGCUGCUGGUGGGACCUUCAAUGGUCUUCGUGCGUGGCACCAUUCGUCGCGCAUAAUUAGGGUUUCGAGAGCAUCUGGUGGAAAAGAUCGGCACAGCAAGGUAUGGACUUCAAAAGGGUUAAGAGACCGGAGAGUCCGUUUAUCAGUUAGCACUGCCAUUCAAUUCUACGACCUUCAAGAUCGGUUGGGUUAUGAUCAGCCAAGUAAAGCUGUAGAAUGGCUGAUCAAAGCAGCUCAAGAUGCAAUUAACGAGCUCCCUUCGCUCAAUCAUUCUUUUCCUGACACGCCAAAGCAAUUAAGCGAUGAGAAAAGAACGAGUGAUAGCACUGAACAAGGAUUUGAUUCAGCUGAUGUUGAGCUAGAAGACCUAAAUUUUAGGCAGAACCAGAAUCUCUCGCUAUCUAAAUCUGCUUGCAGUAGCACUUCAGAGACAAGCAAAGGUUCAGGGCUAUCACUUUCGCGUUCUGUUAGUCGUGAUAAGGCUCGUGAGAGAGCCAGGGAGAGAACAGCCAAGGAGAAGGAGAAAGAGAAUGAUUCUCGCAUUGCGCAUCACCACAACAUAAACCCCAUUUCUCAAAACUCCACAUUUACUGAGCUUUUAACCGGUGGGGUUGGUAGUGUUAGAAAUAACAGCAGCAGCAACAACAACAAUAACAGUACUGCUAGUCCUACUGGUUCUGAUGCAAAUAAUUUGUUCCAAAAAGCAGUCGCGGCAAGGCAGUGGCCUUCGACCCCAAUGGACUGCUUCGGCUCAGGACUUUUAGGGCCAUCCUCGUCGCGGUCAACUCAUCAUUCAUCGGGGUUUCAAGGGCAAAUCCAGUUAGGGAACUCAAUCCCACAAGCAAUGACAAUGUCGAUCCCACCAUUUUGUGUAUCGGGGGAGAAUCACCAGGAGCAUUUGCAACAUUUUCCUUUCGUUUCAGAUCAUUUGAUUCCAGUGGCCGCCACAACACAACCGCCGGCAUCCAGCCGGGAUUAUAACCUAAAUUUCACAAUAUCUUCAGGCCUUGCUGCAGGUUUCAAUAGGGGGACCCUUCAGUCCAAUUCAUCAUCACCGUCUCUUUUGCCUCACCUCCAGAGGUUUUCUACUUCUUCUACCAUAGACGGAUCUACCACAAAUGUACCUUUCUUUAUCGGUGCUGCAACACCACAAGCUAUGGAGAACCACCACCAGUUCCCACCUGGGUUGCAGCUCUGCUAUGGCGAUGGAACCAGGCAUUCUGACCAGAAAGGCAAAGGGAAGAACUGAUUAUUGCCUGUGGGCGUCUGUUUUUCUUGUGGCAUCUUCUUUCAGUGAAUGGCAUGCACGCUGAUAUCAGAGGUUAAUUUGGUACAGGAAAAUGAAGAUGGGAAAUUGCUGCAAACCAUGAACAAAUACGUUCCUUCCUUGCAUUGGAUGAUCAUGAUACCUUUUCAUCAUGCUUCUGAAAUUUUUGGUAUUUCCGCUUUAUCCAUUUAUAAGUCGUUCAGAUUGCAUCCAUAUAUAUGUGUAUGCGCGAAUCUAUGCGUGCAAAGCUUUGUGUGUUUUGAAGAAAUAUAACAAACGAUUGAAGUUGAUGUCUUUCUUUUUUCC